CGCCCCUCUCAACGCCUCAGCCAGAUCGCGAUAGCUCCCACAAAACAAGACCUCACACCACUAAUAUUAAUAGUAUAAAAAAUCUAUAUAAACAACUUAUCUAUCUUCCACGCCAGCAGGAGAAAUCAACAGCGGUAGAUAAGAGCAGGAGGAAGGGGAGGUAAACGUAACAGCAGCCAGUAUAAGAAGGGGCCGUCCCUGAGCUGCGCAGUUGAGUGCUCCGGGUCACCAGUGUGUGGACGAGUACCUUCAAGCGAACCUCUGGAAAUCCUCUCCUUUGGACCUUUUCCAUCAACUUCAUUCACCUCACGUCAUCUUCACGAAUCCAGAAGACGAUCAAAAUGGCCAGCCAAGUCCGCCAGAACUACCAUGAGGACUGUGAAGCCUCCAUUAACAAGCAAAUUAACAUGGAACUCUAUGCGAGCUACGUUUACCUUUCUAUGGCUUACUACUUCGAACGUGAUGAUGUAGCUCUACCUGGAUUUGCCAAGUUCUUCAAGGACUCGAGCGAUGAGGAAAGGGAACAUGCCCAGAUUUUCAUGAAGUACCAGAACAAGCGAGGUGGCCGCAUCGUUCUCCAGCAGAUUGCAGCUCCUUCCAUGCAAGAAUGGGGCACUGGUCUGGAAGCCCUUCAGGCUGCUCUUGAUCUGGAGAAGCAGGUCAAUCAGUCUCUCCUUGAACUUCAUGGCACUGCAAGUGGCAACAACGAUCCUCAUCUCACCAAGCUUCUUGAAGAUGAGUAUCUGGAGGAACAAGUGGAUUCCAUCAAGAAGAUUGGUGACAUGAUUACCAAGCUGAAGCGUGCUGGCCCAGCAGGUCUCGGAGAGUACAUGUUUGAUAAGGAGCUCCAGUAAAUCCACAGAAAUUUUAAAGAUCAAACCCUAUUAUGUAAAAUCAGGGAGGAAAAGAAAAAGUUUGGAAUCCGUACAUUACCACUGCUUUUUUACACCUGAGGCAUCACAAAGGUUAUAUUGUAUUUUGGAUAGUUUAAUACUUUGCACACCAAGCAGCAAAAUCAGUUGUAUGUACAAAUGGUGCUUUAUUAGUGUAAGACACUUCCAUCCAAAUUCUGUGGUUUGGGUCUUUGGUAAAGGAAUUGAUAGUCUGGUAUAUAACCUGAAGCAGUUAGAAUGAGAAUUGAGAAUUGACAGUUAAAUAUAGUUAAAUUUGAUUUAAAUUUGGUUUGUAGUACACCACUCAACGUGAAUGUAAUUCAUAUAGAUCAGGAUUAGUGCAACUUUGUUAGAUCCCUCAACAACAAAUAUAGGUGUUACUAUUCUUAUCCAAGGUGAUUUAUUGGUUGUAAAUCUUGCAUUUAAUUUGCUUAUGUAACAACAUUGCAUCUGGUGUUGGCUUCUGAAAACUGGAUGUUUCAUCACCCCAUUUUAUCAUUACAUUAAAGGGUCACCAACUA